CUCGGGCGAUCGCUCCCUUUCCCAGCCUCGGUUCUCCGGAGCGGAGAAACGAAACCAGCCAUAGCCGGGAAGGCGCUCGGGAGAGGCGGCGCGGGGCGCGGACCGGCCCGCGGGGCGGGGCCGCCGUCAUUUCCCCGCCCUCUGCUUCCAGCCCUGCGCGCCGCUCGCUGCCUUGCGCAUCUCGCUGGCCCCACCGCCGCACCAUGAAGGCGCUUCUGUUCGCUGUGCUGGCUGCGGUGCUGUGCGUGGAGAGAGCCCACACACUCGUCUGCUUUUCCUGCUCAGAUGCAUCCUCCAACUGGGCCUGCCUGAAGCCUGUCAAGUGCGGGGAGAAUGAAAACCACUGUGUGACAACAUACGUUGGAGUAGGAAUCGGCGGCAAGUCUGGCCAGUCCAUCUCGAAAGGAUGCUCUCCCAUUUGCCCCAGCGCCGGGAUUAACCUCGGCAUAGCGGCUGCCUCCGUGUACUGCUGCGACUCCUUCCUCUGCAACAUCAGUGGUUCCAGCAGCGUGAAAGCCAGCUACACGGUUCUGGCCUUGGGGGUCCUCGUUAGCUUCAUCUAUGUCCUCAGGGCUCGCGAGUGAUGGGGCUGGCCAAGGAAGAGCCGUCUUCCACGGGCCGUCGCAGGUCUCAUUAGCCAAUAUCUUCUCUGUUGCUGUCUGCAAGGAGAUCCUCUACUUCUCAACAGGCUUCCAAGGUGAUUGUUUCCCAGACUUUAUGCUCUUCCAGCAUUGGAGACCUGGGCGGUUUGGCCAAGCUGUUCUCUUCCUUCUGUGGACAUACCCCACUGCACUCUCACACCUCCUUGGCAAAGGCGGAUCGUUUUGGAAGGGUUUCUGCUUUUAUACCUAAUACUCCCCCUACCCUCGUUUCUAAGGUUGGUUAAAUCAAGGCUGGGACUCGCUGUGAACCGAUUGAACCCCAGAUACCACCCAGUCAAAGCGUUCAGACCUUCCUGCCUCUCACCUCUAUGGAGGUGCCUGGCACCGGCGUGCUCCAGCACAUGGAUGGCCUGGGCAUUGGGAAUGCAUGACCCAAAGGGAGACACAUUCCUGGCCCCUUGCAGCUGCAGUCUCUUUUUUAUAAAAUCAUUUUGUUUCUUCUGAUCCUGGGCUGACUUUUCUGGAAAAUGACAUGUCCUUUUGUCCUUCCGAGCUCUGUAAGUGCCAGACCUGAAUAAACAUGCUCCUGUUGUUACCUGAGGUGGGACGUGUGCUGUGUGUGUUUCCUUGCUCCAGACACAGAGAUUAGAGAAGCUGUUAUGGAAAACUCAAAUGUUAUGCCCGGCACGAGGGCUUCUUACCCUCUCGAGUGGCUUCAUCACAGCAUUCCUUCCAGUUCACCUCUGAGCAGCAAGUCCAUCUCUUUCUGAUACACAGCUUGUUUCACCUCGCUUGGGAAUCACCUUUUCCAGGUGUAUUUCAGUGGAAAAUGCGAGUUAUUGUGGUCUGAGUUAACCCCAUCACUCCUAAAGGAGCAAGUGUGCGAAGAAGAGGACCUCUAAAAAGUAGCCUGCAUGAUACAAAGACUUGGUGCCUCAGUUUCCCCACUUUGGACUUAUGAUGGUGACAGACAAUGACAUCAAUACCUGAAUGAUCCAGGGCAACAGGUCUGCAAAACUUAGUGAAGUCAGAUCCUUAGGUUCAACCUGCAAUCCCUGGCUGAUGGUGCAACAUGGACUGCAGAAGGUGACUUCACCACCAACCCUGCCACUCCUGCUGUCCUUCAGCUCCCAGCAUCUUCCCAGGUCUUCCAGCAACGUUGCUCCUCGAAGUUCUCAGCCAUCCCAUGGGAGGUGUGUCCUGCUAUUUCUGUGUUGUGCUGGUUUCCUACUUGCUUUGCCUACCUGUGGACAUGCUCGACACAAACCAAGCCAAAAUUGAGCCUUAAACUGUCAGGUGAAAGCUUGCUGUCACUUCCAUUGAUGGAUCAGAGGUGCACUGGGCUUUUUAUUUCUUCUAGCAGCAAAAAUGAGGUGUAACAGUGGCACUCUUUAGUUAUGCUUUCCUUGUAUGCGGUUCUGUUUUCUGUCAAAGAAGAAACAAAAGCUGCACACACUGAUAAAUUUUACCUUUAUCCCCACUUAAAUGAGUGAGAAACAGCUUCUUUUGGAAAAUGGUGUGCAGAUAUACGGAAAUACUUGCACCAAAAGUGGUUACAUGCUUUUUCCUCCUCCUUCUCCUCAUCUUUUAAUUAAAAUGACACAUACUAAUGACAGCCUUUACAACAGGAGGGACUAAUCACAUCGUGACGUGACCCACAAUUAGGUGAUGAGCUUGGUAAGAAUGCACCGCUCGUCUCCUUGGUCCUUAGAUGUGCCUUCCUCUGGUUAAUACAUCCUCCUUUGCCUGCUGGGACCACAGGGCUUGAGGUGUGCCACCAACCUCUGCUAUGCACAUAGAGAACAGGGAAAACUGGGGAAUACAUGGAUAGAAAUGCAGUAAAUAUUCCCUAGAUUUCCUCUGCUUGAGCCUUUCUCCCAAAAGGGUUGUAAAUCUCAUUUGCAGGGUUAUUUUGUUCCUUGCCAUUAGCUGUGAGUAGAUGCUGUAGUGAGACUAAGGCGGACCUGAAGUACUCUACCUUGCAAGUAAUGAGGCUGUAACUCUUCUAAGUCACCUCGUAAAAGGUAUUUUGGUUUUGGACUCACACCACCUCUGCUGUGAGCAAUUUAAAAGCCAUCAGCAUAGGCAUGUCCUAAUGCCUCAGCAUAGCUGUGUCCUAAUGCUUGUUCAUGCCUUUACGAGGCUCUUGAGGAUACCACACUGGACAACCCCAUGGGCUAAAGCAACAAGCAGGGUUAUAUGGGACCUGGUUGUCUCCUCUAAUGGCCAUCUCCUUCCUAUCUCAGCAUUAGAGAUUUGCUCACGCCAAGGGCUCAGUUAUACAAGGGAGCAAGGGCUGGUGGGAGGAGCAUUCAGCAAGCUACUUGCCCUAUACAAAUAACAAGUUAUAUUCGUGGUAUUGCCAGGGGACAGAUCUGAAGGUCAGUUCGUACGUGUUUUUAAGCCUAUAGUUGAUGAAUAGAUUGUGUUUUUCUUCCCUCUUCACUCUCUUUUUGUCUUUCUUCCUCAUGUGCUAUAUUCCUGUGCGCUUAGUCUAUGGGAGAGGAGAUAUUUCAAACACAUGUGGCAAAGAUCUCUUGGACAGAUACAUGUAUAUUUGAGAGAGCAGGAGGGUGUAACAGCUUGUCAAAUGCAAGAGAAGUUACUCAACAAUUGAAUCCAAAGCAUCAUAUGAUCAAUUCUGCCAACUAUCACAAUUUCUGAUCCUACUAUAGAAGCUAUUUCUUUGCCCCCAAGUCCCCAGUACCAGAAAACAUGUGAGAACCUCAGCUGCUGUAAAGCCCAGGAGUAAAAGGCCUGAAAAUGCAGCUGUAGUAAUUAAAAACAUUAAUAAUAAUAAUAAGGAAAUAAAUAGCAAGACCCCAGCAUUUACAGAGCACUAAAACUGGUGGCUUGUUAAACGAAAUGCCUGCUUUGGAACUUGAGGGCCAUGGUGGGACAGCCCUUAAGUGCUUUGAAUGUGUUUACUUGGUCCGUGGAACUCGAGGUUGAAAUCUCAGCAGAGAACUUAGAUCUUCAUCUUUUCUGACAGACGUGAGGUUAUAAAGAGAGGCAGCUUUGCUCCAAGCAGGCAUAAAAUAUCCUGGAGCAGUUUUCACUGGGAAAUAAGAAGACAUUAAGUCAAAUACCUGCCUAUUUUGGAGCUAAUGAGAACAUGGUUUCUGUGCUUCUGUCCUGGAAAUGGCUGUAUUUCAAUGGCAGCUGCUGCUGUCUGCCACUAUGCCAACAUUGCAAGGGCUCUCAUUGUGUAUUGUUUGUACAUGCUCAAAGCUCACUGCAGCACCAGCCCCUUCCAUCCAAGUCCAUUGGGUUUGCUGUUUGCCAGAAAGGAGGACUUAAAACUGACCGAAGCUCUUCGAACUGUUCUUCUCCUUUUGGAUAGCGCAAACCUGAUUUGACUUGUCGCACAAACAGCCAGAACAAAUCAGGCACAGUUGCUUAAUCAUUACUCAAAGGAUCCACAUCGUUAUUCAAAGAAUGUCCUUGCUUGGUGUUAAUGUACUCAAGUUGUGGGUUGUUUGAAAUGACUUGCCUCCCAGGAUCCCUGUUUGCCAUGAAGGAGGCUGUGGUCCCGCCACGCCUGUUGGAAGCCUGGUAGCUCUGGUCCUGGUGGCUGUGCCUUCAUGCAGGAAUGAGAUAUCCAUGCUCUCCUGUUUAUAGGAAAGGCAGAUGUGGUGCACAUCUGGAUGCUUGGAGGUUUAGGGCCCUAUCACAAGCCCUUCUUUCCUGUGAUCCCAAUGCUUUUACACCCUGGGCUGUGCUUUCACUGCCAUCCUUAGCGGUGAGGUGCUGUGGGUCCCAUCUGUUUGGGAUGAAGAUGGCUCUGGCUUCUUCCUUGAUCCUGGAGGAGUUAUUUCACCCCUGGAAAGCUGCUGUCUGAGGCUAUCAACCUGGAAUGGGAAUAGACACACCCCAUCUUGCACUGUGAGAGUGUUGUGGUGCACAAGGAAGCCGAGCCCUGAGUCGGUCCUGCCAUCUACUGGCUUUUGCCAGACUCGGUAGAGAAGCUUUGAAGCCCAGAUUGCGCAAGGAGGAACCCUUAGCAUAUGAAACAGGGAGUAAAGAGCCAAGGGCGAGCUGCUAUUGACCAAAUAAUUGUAUGUGAAGCAGAGAAUCAGCAACAUCAGGAUAAGGUUGAAUGUUUUAAGUUGUCCAGAUUGAAUAGUGUAAAUUGAGAACUGAAAGGCUUAAACAGGCUUCCCAAGUCCAACAUCUUCUGAAGGAACACUUUUUUCCAGCCCAAACCUUACUUUUUCAUCACAACCGAAACACUUCAUGAAAAUAUAAUAAGGCCAAUAAAGUGUUGCAGGAAAACUAUUGACACAUUUUAUUUCAGCUUUGUUGGAUGAUCUCAUUUCACUGAGAUGGUUCCACUGCAACGUCGAUUUUACUAAUACAUGUAUGUGAGAUUUGUAAUCGUGUAUUACCUUUGUUGUAACAGAAUAAGCAGAAUAAAGCAGCAUUGAUUCCUUUAAAUAUAUUAACACCAGUAUAAGUGUAGCGUAUGUUACAUAUUGUUUCUUAUACUCUAAUGAAAAUAUAUGGAAUUAAUAAAAAAGGUACACUUGGAA